AGCGAGGCCAAUAUGAGAACUCCUCGGUGACAGCUGAAAAAACCCAUCAUGAGAAAAUCGUCACGACCAGAAUUGGAAAGAAAGCGAGGCAGUGUGAUUUAUGAAAAGAACGGCAGAUCGAUUUCACGAUGUCAGAUUCGUGAAUAUAAAUUGGCAGUGGCCGACAGCGACUUUGAGAAGCACGGCUCUACAAUUCUUCACAAUAUCAGCUAGAGCGUCAAAAGAACCUCCACUGUCAAUUCUUCCCUCAAACCAUGCGUCUCAAAACCGUAUUCCUCGCCAUCGUCGGCGCGCUCUCCGCGUCCGCCUUCGUCAUCCCAGAGGGACAGGAAGAUGGCGUCUACGAGUCCUACCUCGAGAACGGCAAAUCCGUGCACGUCAAACUCGCCAACUCAACCCACGACAUCGCCAACAACAAGAAGCGCGACGCCAUCCCCGCCUCGAUCCUCCCCCGCGACGUCUCCAUCAGCUGCGGCGGCGCCAGGAACCUGAACCGCGAGUGGUUCGACGCCGCGUGGGGCAACCUCCGAUGGCAGUGCGGCAACUACGGGCCCACGAAGCCGAGACACAAUUACUACGCCAUCUCGGGGGACGUUGUGGCGUUCUUUUGCAACUUCAAUUACCGGGACAGUGUGCAGUGUAAUGAGGGUGGCGCAGAUCUGUCUGGGUAUCAGAUUUCGACUACAUGUGGCGCUUUGCAGUCUGGGUGGCUUACCAAUAAUGAUGAGUGGAGUUACGGGUAUGAUAGGGGGAGGUGCUUCUGCGGUGAGUGUGUCUGAAGUAUAGAUAUGAGAUUCGUGUGUGAUUCGAGAUGGUUGAAGUGUUGGACAGGUGCACUGGGAGGUUGGAAGACAGGAGGUUGUUGUAC